AAGAAUGACUGAGGCUUCCGGUAGCGCUAGCGUUAGCUCGGCUAGGUUAGCAUUCCCAGCGUAUUUACAAGUGUAGCCUUGUUUUCUAACAGUUGCCAUGAAUUAAUUAAGACUUUAAAUUAAGACACCUGAAACCCCGCUCCGUUAGGCGCCUCGGGUAACGUUAGACUGUACUGUCAUUGAUCCCGUCCGACCCGUCUGUUAGCCAUGUACGCCUCAGGGAAGUACAGCUCCCGGGGCCCUGCUCUUAUCCCGCGGAUGAAAACCAAGCACCGCAUAUAUUACAUCACGCUCUUCUCCGUGGUGCUGCUCGGGCUCAUCGCCACCGGCAUGUUUCAGUUCUGGCCCCACUCCAUCGAGUCGGCGGCUGACUGGACCCUUGAUAAACGCAGUGUUCACGACGCACCUCUGGUCCGCCUGUCGGUCUCCAGCCUGAUUCCGGAGAGGGGAGACCUCAGCUGUCGCAUGCACACCUGCUUUGACGUAUACAGAUGUGGCUACAAUCCUAAAAACAGAAUAAAGGUGUACAUCUACCCUCUGCAGAAGUUUGUGGACGAAUUGGGGGUCCCCAUCAGCAGCACUGGGCUGUCUCGAGAGUACAAUGACCUGCUCAGCGCCAUCUCCGACAGUGACUUUUACACUGAUGACGUUACCAGAGCUUGUCUUUUCAUUCCGUCUAUUGAUGUGCUCAACCAGAACUCCCUGCGUAUCAGGGAGACCGCCCAGGCUCUGGCAAUGCUGCCCAGAUGGGACAAAGGGAUGAAUCACCUACUUUUUAACAUGUUACCCGGAGGCCCUCCAGACUACAAUACUGCUUUGGAUGUGCCCAGAGACAGAGUGCUGCUGGCUGGAGGCGGGUUCUCUACAUGGACAUACAGACAAGGUUAUGAUGUCAGCAUUCCAGUUUACAGCCCCCUCUCUGCAGAUGUUGAGCUACCUGAGAGACAACCGGGUCCACGGCGCUACUUCAUUCUAUCUUCUCAAACGGCUAUCCACCGGGAGUACCGCGCUGAACUGGAGCGCUUGAAGGAAGAAAACGGAGAAGCACUGCUCCUCCUGGACAAGUGUAGCAACCUCUCUCAGGGGGCCGCCUCUGCACGAAAACGCUGCUUCAAGGGGCAGAUCUACGACUACCCACAGAUCCUGCAGGAGUCUUCAUUCUGUGUGGUUUUGCGGGGGGCGCGUUUGGGACAGGCUGCCCUCAGCGACGUGCUGCAAGCUGGCUGUGUUCCCGUCAUCCUUGCCGACUCCUACAUUCUGCCAUUCUCUGAAGUACUCGACUGGAAAAGGGCGUCAGUGGUUAUUCCAGAGGAGAAGCUGUCAGAGAUGUACACCAUCCUAAAGAGCAUUCCUCACAGACAAGUUGAAGAGAUGCAAAGACAGGCGCACUGGUUCUGGGAGGCCUACUUCAGCUCCAUGAAGGCUAUUGGCUUGACAACGCUCCAGAUAAUCAAUGACCGCAUCUAUCCCUAUGCUGCCCGGACUUAUGAGCAGUGGAACAAUCCCCCCGUGGUGAAGUGGUCCAGUGUAAACAGCCCUCUGUUCUUGCCACUUAUCCCACCAAGAGCACCUGGGUUCACUGCGGUGGUGCUGACCUACGAUCGCGUUGAGAGUCUUUUCCGGGUCAUCACAGAAAUCUCCAAGGUGCCUAGUCUGGCUAAGCUGCUGGUGGUGUGGAACAACCAGAACAAAAGUCCUCCUGAGGAGUCCCUUUGGCCGAAGAUCGGUGUUCCUCUCAAAGUAGUCCGAACAAAAGAGAACAAGCUGAGUAACCGCUUCUUCCCCUACGACGAGAUCGAGACAGAAGCUGUGCUCGCAAUCGAUGAUGACAUCAUCAUGCUGACAUCUGACGAACUGCAGUUUGGCUACGAGGUGUGGAGGGAGUUCCCAGACAGGCUGGUGGGCUACCCAGGCCGGCUGCACCUCUGGGACCAUGAAAUGGGGAAGUGGAAAUAUGAAUCUGAGUGGACCAACGAAGUCUCCAUGGUUCUAACUGGAGCCGCCUUCUACCACAAGUACUUCAGCUAUGUGUACACGUACAAGAUGCCUCUAGACAUCAAGAACUGGGAGUACACUCACAUGAACUGUGAAGACAUUGCCAUGAACUUCCUGGUGGCUAACAUCACGGGCAAAGCUCCCAUAAAGGUGACCCCCAGGAAGAAGUUCAAGUGCCCUGAGUGCACUGCCAUCGAUGGACUGUCCCUGGAUCAGACGCACAUGGUGGAGAGAUCGGAGUGCAUCAACAAGUUUGCAUCGGUUUUCGGUACAAUGCCUCUGAAGGUGGUGGAACACCGUGCGGACCCUGUGCUCUACAAAGACGAUUUUCCGGAGAAGCUCAAGAGCUUCCCCAACAUCGGCAGUCUGUGACCCGUCUGUGACGUUUGUACCCCGACACACACUCAACAUUAGUCACCUUCUCUCAUAUGAACACACAUUCAGACUAAAGUGAUACAUGCACUUCUCGCCUUUCAAAUAAAGUGACGUUCUCUAUAAUUUGGAAGUCAGAAGGACCGGUUACAACAAUAUGGUGAUGAAUUAGAUAAGGAUCUGAAUGUGAAAGCUACUAUCAAACAUUUAGCGAUAUUCAUGCGCACGCCGAUGUUCCAUGAACUGCUAUUGGAGGGUCAACAUGAAUUGUUGUUUGAUGGACAGACUGACUGAUGCUUUUUUGAGGCUUUUGGUUUCUCACUGUUACUUUUUUUUGGAGCUGGAAGCUUUGGGCUCAAACUGCUCUGGAAUCAGUGUAUAUAUUUGUAUUUUGCAAAAGUGCUGUAUAAUAGUCAUAAUUUAUGAUGCUUCAAUCAGAAUUUUGUAUUUCUUUUUAAAAGACGACAUGGACCUGGUUAUUUCAGCUGUCCUGUAUAAAAGUAAAAGAUGCUUAAUUUACAUGAGAUAUAUAUAUAUAUAUAUAUAUCAUACUUUGAUAACUUAUCGCUGUAGAAUCUAUUGGUUGAUUGAAUGUGAUAACAAACGAUAUGCAAACCAAGAUGAUGUACAGUAAAUGUUAAUCGCUGUUACCACAACUCGACAUGUUGAGGUUUCAUUUCAUGCUGCCCGAGCAAGCGUUUUGUUGUACAUGCAUGAAAGAAAAGCAAUGGUGCUAUUUGAACCUGCUACUCUAAUUUCAUGAGCUGAGUUCUGAGUAUAAACAUUGCAUAAGCAUGUGUGCGAUUAUUUGUCUGCCAUGCAUUUAAUGAAAUCUAUUGUAUAAAACUAGACAGUCCCCAAAUCCACACUUUCCUCCAUUUUUUUCUGUGGUACGUGUGGGUAAAUAUUUCUGUCUUUCUCACUGCUUGUCCCAAAUGAACUCCAUACCAUUGAGUAUGGAAUGCAGUCUUUAAGAUGUUAACCCUCCCAUGUUCCCUCUUUAUUUGACUUUUUUAUUAUUUUCACUUGUCACUGAAAUUGUUUUACAUUUUUUUGACUGCUUUUAUGUAAGUGUACAUAUUACUUUUUUAAUACAAAAGUAAAGACCACACUGUCAUGUCUCACAAAAUUAAUGGUCCCUUUUUUCGGCGUGCGCAAGAAGAAUUAAGACAUUUUCUUUCCUUUUCAUAACCCCCCCCCCUCGGAGCAGACCUUGCGUGACACGAACGAUGCACCGUUCCACUCCAGUCCGUCACCUGUUGUUAAUAUACGCGGCUUAAUCCACCCUGUUCAAUGUCAGAAGUUCAAAAGGGCGCGGUUUGUAUUUUUGUCAACUUCAAUUAGUGUGAUGCUGUUGCGGGCUGUACGAUCUCAUUUCAGCACUCGCGUCUCUUCAAAGGGAUAAAAAAUGUGUGGGUAUUUUAGAAUGUGACUAAAGGGUGACACAAUAUUUUGGCAAGGUGCUGCAGAUUCAUGUUUUUUUUUUUUUUUUGUAACUUCAGCAGACAACGUAUUCACAAGUUGUGGCCAACCGCUGUCUCAGGCUGAUGACUUGAAAGGCUUUUUUUUUCCAUUUGGGUGACUUUAGCGAUCUGCUAAAAGGAAAAUAGUUGUCUUGAUUUUUCACUGUUAACGGCCAGUGGUAACCACGGUUACCUUCCAUCUUCUCUUUACCAUUCCGUCAGAAUUUAUUUGCAAGGCAACGGCUCGGGUCCAUGUUUACUUCCUGUCUGCUUGUGUUAUUCACCGCAAAACAAGAAAUAAACCGGGACCAGAGUUUGGAGUGUUCAAGUUUA